GUAGUGGCGGCUGAGCCUAUAUUGAACGGAAUUAAAUGGUAGCUGAAGGAGUCCUUUUCUAGGGAGUUAAGCUUUAAGGGGAGCAAACCUGAUGUGCGCGAUAUCAUUGCUACUUUGCUACUCGCCGUUGAUUCUUCGGGAAUAAGAAGUUUCUACUCAAGAAUUUUUUCCUGAGGGCCCAGUGCCAUGCCAGAAGGAUCCCACAGCACGUCAUAUGAGGUCCCAAUGGGUGAAGAGUCACCUCGGUUGUCCACGGCCUCCUCGGUCAGCAGCAAUGAGCGGAUGUCCACCGCCACUGUGUCGGACUGCUCCGCCUCACUCGGCACCGACCUCCAGGACGGCGAGCGCCCGGUGAGCCUGGUGUCCACCCUCUCCUCGGGCUCCUCCCGGGACGGGCAGAGCCUGUACGGGAGCACUGCGGCCCUCCCCGACGCCCCACCCUCUACCGGAGACGACAUUGACCUGGAGCUGAGCCCUGCGGGGGGCGCCAGGGAGCAGCAGGAGCAGGAGCAGCACACAGACCCGGGGGAGAGGAGGAGGAGGGGCCUCGCCUUCCAUCAGUGCAACAACAACAACGCAGCGGCCCCCAACAGCGGAGAGGGCACGCACCAGGCCUCCGUCUCGCCCUUCGCAGCCAAAGCCAUGGCCCCCAACCCCAAGCUCACCUAUGUGGACCGCGUCGUCAUGGAGAUCAUCGAGACGGAGCGCAUGUAUGUCAGGGACCUGCGUAGCAUCGUGGAGGACUACCUAGCCCACAUCAUCGACACAAGCGAUCUACCCAUCAAGCCUGAACAGGUGUGUGCCCUGUUCGGAAACAUUGAGGACAUCUAUGAGUUUAACAGUGAGCUUCUGCAGUCACUGGACAUGUGCGAGAACGACCCUGUGGCCAUUGCCAGGUGUUUUGUGGACAAGAGCGAGUAUUUUGAGAUCUACACUCAGUACUGCACAAACUACCCCAACUCGGUUGCCGCUCUGACAGACUGCAUGAGGAGCAAGGCUCUGGCCAAGUUCUUCCGGGAUCGACAGGCCUCCCUGAAACGCUCGCUCCCGCUGGGCUCCUAUCUGCUCAAACCUGUCCAGAGGAUCCUCAAGUACCACCUGCUGCUCCAGGAGAUUGCCAAGCACUUCGACCCCCAGGAAGAGGGCUAUGAAGUGGUGGAGGAGGCCAUUGACACCAUGACAGGCGUGGCUUGGUACAUCAACGACAUGAAGAGGAAGCACGAGCAUGCUGUUCGUCUGCAGGAGGUCCAAUCACUACUCAUUAACUGGAAAGGACCUGACCUCACCACCUAUGGGGAGCUGGUCUUGGAGGGCACCUUCCGUGUCCACCGUGCCAAGAAUGAGAGAACGCUCUUCCUCUUCGACAAGAUGCUCCUCAUCACAAAGAAGAGAGGGGAGCACUAUGUCUAUAAGACACACAUCUCGUGCUCCACCCUGAUGCUGAUUGAGAGCACCAAGGACUCCCUGUGCUUCAGCGUUACCCACUUUAAGCACCCAAAGCAGCCUCAUACAGUACAGGCUAAGACUGUUGAGGAGAAAAGACUGUGGGCCCAUCACAUUAAACGGCUCAUUUUAGAAAACCACCAUGCCAUCAUUCCACAGAAGGCAAAAGAGGCCAUUCUGGAAAUGGACUCCAUAUACCCAUCAAAGUACCGGUACAGCCCAGAGAGGCUGAAGAAGGCGGUGUCCUGCCAAUCAGAUGAUUUCCCAGGAGGAGGGCGGCAAGGAAGGAGGCAGUCAGAACCAGCCAAGCAGAUCAUAAAGAGCACCAAAGCUAUUCUCAAGGAUGAAGAUGGGUGUGACGUCACUGAAGAGAAUGGUCUAAAGAGUGAGAGCAGCCAGUCACCAGGUCAGAAUGAGAUUUAUGAGACCGAGAAUGGCAGUUCUGCAGCUGAACAGGCCCCAGAAGAAUGGUUACAUCCUCAGCCAGGGGCUAGAGAGGAAGAUAUCCCCUCAGAUUCAGAACCUGUUGCCAUGGCCACCAUGCCCGUGGAUAGCCACCAGGACCUAGAGAUGUCAGAGCCUGAGAAGGAACAACAAGAGGACGAAGAGGAGGAGGAAAAGGAGAAGGAGGAGAAGGUGGAGGAGCCAAUCAUUCCCCAGCAGGAGCAGGUGAAGGGGCUGACCAGCGGGGAGUCGUCAGAGGACGAGGAGGAGGAAGAGGAGGGAGCCGCGCCGGAGAUGGAGCCCAGCAGCAUCCUGCCGCCGUCCGUGCUGGACCAGGCCAGUGUCAUCGCGGAGCGCUUCGUCAGCAGCCUGUCCCGACGGAGCAGCCUGAUCGCAGACGAUGCGCGCUCCCCCAGCUGUCCCUCGCCGCGGCUGGGCAGCAGGAGCGGCAGCGCCCUCAGCCUCAACGCCGAGGCCCAGGACAAAACGCAGAGGCUCAACAGCGCCUCCUCUGAACCCCCGCUGAUUCUGCUCCACCAGGACUCUGCCGCCUCAGGGACCGACCCCACCGUGCUCUCCCCCAGCUCGGACAACCUUUUCGAGGUGGACCGAGGAUCUCAGAGGAGGCGGGACUCCACCCUCUCCAAGAAGGACAGGCUGCUCAUAGACAAGAUCAGGAGCUACUACGAGCACGCCGAGCACCAGGACGCCAACUUCAGCAUCAAGCGCAGGGAGAGCUUGUCCUAUAUCCCCGCUGGCCUGGUCAGGAACCUUAGCAGCCGGCUCAACAGCAUUCCCAAGAAUGAGGCUGUUGCUGCAGAGAAAAAGGCUGUGCCCAGUGUCCGUCCUGCCUCUUGGAUGGUGUUUAACCUGCCAGGCAUGGAUAAAGCUGAGAAAACAACGUCCUCUGAGUCAGAUGCUGACAUGACUGUGGAUGGCCAGAAGUCUAAGCCCGUGUCUCUGAGCCUCAGCGACAUCCCCAUCAGUGACGAGGAAUUCCGGCCCUCCAGCGAAAUGAUCAAGGUGUGGCAGGACAUGGAGGAGAAGGUCAGCAGAUCCCCGGCAGAAGCUCAGAGUUCCUUAAACACCAGGGAGGAUGCUCCUUGCAGGGGAGCUAGCCCAAGCCUGUCCCGUAAGGGCCAAUCUGGCAACGGGAAGCCUGCGGGAGAAUACAGUGAGCCUUUGAUGAUACUUGAAGAAUGUGACCUGAGCACCAUUUCAGAGGAGUCCUCCAUCCCUUCGCCAGUCAAGGCCUCCCCAGGCAGGGAGGUGGGUCUUGGGCGAGCGGGCAGCCUGAACGAGACCCAUAGGUCGCAGCAGGAGGGCAGGGUCUCUCGAGCGCCCAUCCCCAGGGUCAUUAGCCUAAGGGCGGAUGUGGAGGAGGACCUGCUCCUUCAGGACAUGGAGAAGAUGAAAAACAAGGUGUUCCAGUUGGCCCGCCAGUACAGUCAGCGCAUCAAGAACAGCAGGCCAAUAGUGAAGCAGAGGGCCAGGGAGACAGAGAGCUAUUUUAUCAAGAGGAACCUGCCCUCUGUCCAGGAGGAAAGGGAAGACAGAGGUAAGUCCAACCUGACACUGUCCCUGAGCCCCUAUGACCAAGUUGUCCUUCAGGAGUUGAAGUCCCCCAGCCCGGUCCACACCCCAAGAUCUGUGUCCAGCCCCCGGGUUCUGUCGCCCAGCCUCCAGCAUUCCAAGAGCCCACUCAGCCCUGCGCUGACUGAGAGCUUCAACUGGCCAGAUGUGCGCGAGCUACGCUCCAAAUAUGCUCCCCGGAGCCCCGAUAGCGCCCCGCCACGCCCCUCACCUGUGAGCCGUAGCUGCUCCGUGCCUGAGAAGAUGCUGGAGUCUGACCCAGCAGGGCCCAGUGCUACAUGGAGGCACUCUAGCUACUCUCCAAGCUCCAGCUGCUACAGCCCCCUGGACACUAAGGCAGAGCCCACCAGCCCCUCUGAAUCCCCAGUCUACAAGCCCCAUCUGAACAUGGCUUCCGGAGAGGGAGAGGGAAGACCUGGGUAUCUCUGCAGGUCAGGCUCCCUGGAUCACAGGUUGAACGCACUGGACAUGAACGAACUGAACCGCAUCCAAGACAAUAACACUAACAGCAGCUACUACAUCUCCGGCCAGGCCUCCUUGCCCAACCAACACAAGGUCAUUGUUAUGGAGAAGCUUGCUGCGGCCGAGUCAUGGCGGAAAGAAAAAGAGGGAAAAAGAGAAAUGGAGGUGAAGGAAGAGGCUGAUGAGAACUAUGUGCAGAUUCGCUCCCCUACCUCCCACGAGAAAAUCUCUAUCAUGGCCGUCAUUGACCGCUGCAAGGCCUACCAGGAGUCGGACGAAUACCGACAGAGGGAGGAGAGUGGGGCUAAGGCAGACCAGGACUCCAGAAGCAGGAAAGAGAUAGACCAAAGCCGAGGAUCCCUCCCCAAUGACCUAGAUACUUCUCAGAAAUCAGUCGUGAAUUCGGGAAAAAAGAUUGAGAGUAGCCAGCACAGCUUGGUGAAAAACCUAAGAGAAAAAUUUCAGAACUUGAGCUCUAACACUCUUUAAAAC